AACCACAGAAUCAAAAUGGUUUGCUCCCAAUCCCUCUCUUUCUUCUUCCUCCUCCUCCUCCUCUGUCACAGCGUAACAGUCACCGGUGAUGAAAUCUGUCCGGUUUUUAGCUGCAGCGAAACUGAACCGGCGAUCGGGUUCCCUUUCCGGAUAAAUGAUUUGCAGCCGGAGACUUGCGGGUACCCGGGAUUCGACCUCACCUGUACUAACCGAAGCCGGACGAUUUUGGAGAUCUCUUCUUCAGGAGGGUUUUGGUUACAAAACAUAGAUUAUAUCAAUCAAGAGAUCCGGGUCAAUGACCCGGAUGGGUGUCUACCGAGACGGUUACUCCGGUUGGAUCUCUGGGAUUCACCGUUCAGAACGGCGUUAUACCAGAACUAUUCGAUGCUGAGGUGUUCGGCGGAGCAGGGGAUGCCUCCUGUACCUUAUAAUCCUAUAGGUUGUCUUAGUAACUCGACGGAUGAGAUUUGGGCAACGGCUUCAGCGUUGUCUGUGGAUAUGAUGGUGUCGAGCAGGGGAUGCCAAGUGAUGACGACGGUGGAGGUUCCAAUUCCUUGGUCGGGGUACUACGAUAACAGUGCCUUGUCGUUUAGUGAUUUGAGCGCAGAUUUGACACUUAAAUGGGAUGAGCCUCAGUGUGGAGAUUGUGUGGAGAAGGGAGGGAGGUGUGCAUUCAAGAGCAGUUCUAGCCUUGAAGUAGAAUGUUUUGGUGUUUCUCAACCAGGAGGAUUAUCAAGGAGCGUCAGCUAUGCAGUGACAAUAGGCAUUGGAGUGCCUACACUCUUAGGUGGGAUUGGGAUAGCAUGCUAUGUGAGUGGGAGGUUCAAGAGAUACAGGAGACGAAAUUCAAGUGGUGCGGAUGCCGCCGGCUCCUCCUCAACAGUAAAUCCACAACCCACCGUUGUCGCGAUGGGCCUCGACAAUCCAACCAUAGAAUCCUAUCCGAAAGCUGUGAUUGGUGAAAGUCACCGGUUGCCGAGGCCUAAUGACAAUACAUGCUCAAUCUGCUUAUCGGAGUAUCAGCCCAGAGAGACAGUAAGAACUAUACCACAGUGUCAACACUGUUUCCAUGCCGACUGCAUUGAUGCGUGGCUUAGGACGAAUGCUACCUGUCCAAUUUGCCGGAAUUCUCCGGCACCAGUUUUGGGUGCUCAGCCUCCAUGAUCUAUCUUCUCCUUUAUCCUUCUUCCACUC